CACAGUCUGCUCUUUUGCAACCGAAGUUCAAGAAUCUUGAAGACUGGUUGUGUAAUUUGCUCUUUUUAUUUCGGACUUCAUAGCUGUAAGCGUGGAUAAUUUUAUCGAACAUUAUGGCGCAGCCUGCAAAGCCAGACAAUAUGUGGGAUCGGAGUGACCAGGUCGUGGAAAUUCUCGGAGAUGAAAACGUUGACGAGGCAGCUAGAAAGAAACUGAUGGAACUUUUUGCCGAAAUCGAUGCCGAUGUAGAGCUUUACGUAGGCGAUCACGUACAUGAAUCAAUAACCAACUAUCAAAACCUUCAGCGGGAUCGGGAGGCGAAAAGGGAGGAAUUGUAUCAGGCGAAACGCGCAGCGUACCUGGAAAAGGAGCGACGGCAAAUACGGUUUAAGGACGUUGCAAUACCUACUGCACAACAUUUGCGUGCUAUUCGUGAAUCAGCUAUACCUAUUCGUCACAACAAAUGGCGAAAGCACAGCGCCGGACUCACGAGCCAAAAUAUCAAAAUCUUAAAUGCGAUUGGCUCUGGUGCUUUUGGUGCAGUUUACCUUAUCGAAAAUACCGACACUAAGGUUCAGUAUGCAAUGAAGUUCCAAGGCCUACGAGAAGAUGAUGACAUCGAGUGGACAAAAAAGCCUGAAUUUAUGGGUGCACGAACUCCUCCCCUCCUCUGAGGCCUCAAAAUUAUCCGAGAGGAUAAUGAAAGAACGAAAUUUGCUGACUAAACGAUUUAAUGAAACAAAAUGCUACUUGCGUUAUAUACGUUCUGGUCACCCCUCCAUCUGCAGUAUGGAAGCCUUCUUCGAUCACCGAGGGGGUGGAGAAAUUUUUAGUACCACCGAGGAUAUCGCUCAUGGGCACAUCUUCGAGUAUUGUGACUGGGGCACCUUGCAAAAUCUUAUUAAGAAAUAUUAUAGGACACCACUCUAUAGUACGGGGAGGCUAGCAGACAGGGACAAUUUUUCUAGACCGGAAGGAAUGCCACCAUUAUACACGCAUGCAGCAAUACCUGAAGCAUUCAUUUGGCAUGUCUUUUUGCAGUUAAUGGACGGCCUUUCUUUUCUUCAUGGUGACCACGAGCUCAACAAGCAAGACGAGUUUCACCGACGUAACCAGGUCAUUUGCAUUGAUAUCAAGUUAGAUAAUAUCUUGCUGAAAGACUCUGGGGUUCCAAACACAUAUCCAACGGUAAAAAUUGCGGAUUUUGGAGAAGCUAUAUAUGUGCCACACGGAGAAUCUCGCUGGCACGACAUGGGAACGACAUUUUGCCCACCGUCUGAUGAACCUGUAAGCCUAAUUAAUUCGUUGAAUUUUUGGCCUUGAAGCUUAAUUUGUCUUCCCCCAAUAUCAAAGUCUACUUUUGUGCUUCCUCCUCAUAUACAAUCCUUUUUCUUUUCUUGAUAUAAACCCCCGGACUCCUCAUUUUUUUCAAUAUCCCCCCAAAAUCUCGUCUUGAGUAGCAAUUACUGACUCUCCAAUCUGGCAGUGGUACAGCGCCAAAUAUGAUGUUUGGUGCGUAGGAAUUUCAUUAUACAUUAUGUCGCAUUCUGGCAGACAACCUUAUAGAGUUGAUGAUCCUUUACAUGAAAGGGAUGAUUUAUCGGUAGAGCCGAGAUGGACUAGGCCCGAUGCACACCUUUCUCAAACACUCUGUAGAGAACUUGAAAGGCCAUUAGAAAUGGAUAUGGAAAAGAGGUGGACGGCGAUUAGAAUUUUUAACCGUAUAAAGCCAAAGGCUGAAGCAAUGAUACGUUCAACGUAUAGGGAACUGCAAGACUGGGUAAAGCCAGACUUUUCGGGUGAUAAUUUCGAUGACGGCUAUCUUGAAUGGGUUCAAGGGGGAGGAGUCCCUAGUGAUAUUGAAGAAGAUGGUAAGGAUGAUGAUAAGAAAGAUAAUGAUGAUGGUGGUGGCGGUGGCGAUAGCGAUGGUGAAAAGCAUGCAGAUAUCCCCGACCCGGCUGCUGCCCCCAUUUCCAAAAAAAUAUCGUCGAAAAAGCAACAAGAGAUGUCAAAAAGGCGACGAGAAGAAGAGGAGCGAGAAAAAGAAAACCUGCCGCCUGUGAGGCCCUCAAAAAGACGAUUAAUCAGGUACCGAAAACUCCGUGCUUACCGGGUAUGAAGUUAACUUUUGGUCAGCUCACUCAAGUAAUCAUAUCCUAUAGCACUAGCUAAUGUAGGAGUGCUAUAGAACUGGUGAAAUUUAUUUCGAUCGGUCCAACUGUUAAGUUUUAACAAUGAUUUGUAUAUCUUGUGGAGGUUUAGUAUUCUCAAGCAAUGGGAUGUUAAUGUAAUUUUACAUCUCUCUAUUCGAGAAACUUUUCGAUGCAAUGCGGCGAAAUGACCGCCACUGAUAAAUGAAUC